AUGAGUUCUGGAUUCUCAUAUCCACAGCCAAUAUUUAUAUCACCAAUCUACAACCCUUCAUUCUAUCUGACGUUAGACAGCAAUGGAUAUCUAACAUAUCAAUAUGCUCAAUCGUUAUACUUCAGUAAGAAUGAUUAUCGUUUGACGUAUAUCACAGGGAUUACUCCGGGAACGGCGGUUAGCGGUAGAGCCUUAGUACUUGACGAUACCGGCUCAAUUGCUACUAUUAGCUCUCUAACUGCUACUAAUAUCACGGGUACUCUGCUAACUGCAUCACAGCCUAAUAUCACUUCGAUUGGAGCUCUAACAUCGCUCACCGCUACCAACAUUACAGGUACUUUGCUAACUGCAUCACAGCCUAAUAUCACUUCGCUUGGAACUCUAACAUCGCUCACCGCUACCAACAUUACAGGGACUCUACAGACUGCUGCUCAAACUAAUAUUACAUCUCUCGGUACAUUAACCGGGUUAGUGAUUUCAGGUAAUCUCAGUUUCCCAGGGGCUUCGAGAACGAUAACGGGACUAAAUUCACUUACCUCGACCAAUAUCAACGGCACAAUAAUAACUGCGGCUCAGGCCAAUAUCACCUCUAUUGGGACUUUAAGCAGUCUGACAUUGGAUAUGGCAGGAGUCGGACUAAAUAUACCUUCACUCCGAUUCAAUGGAAUCAAUUUCAAUUCAAACUAUUACCUGAACAUCACCCUUGGUUCAGCUACUGCAUCACAAGCAUUAGUACUUAAUGCAUCUAAAGGCAUAACCGGUCUCGGAUAUGUAAGCGGUGAUACGUUAAAUGCCACAACCCUUGUAUCAGGGACGUCUGGAGAUUUCGGAUCACUAUCAAUAAAUUCAAUAUCAGUAAUCUCUUCAAGUAGGACUAUUCAAAAUAUUGGAACGAUAACAACGUCUGAUACGAUAAAAUGCUCGAGGGCUUCAUCUGCUCAGACGUUCAACUCAACAAACGGGACAUCUACUAUGGCCUUGUAUCACUUCGUCAAUGGGGACGGAUAUUUUGGAUCGACUUCAUCUAAUGAUUUCGUUUUGCAGACAAAUAACGUCGCUCGGAUGAGGAUCAACGGAUCGACCGGAGCGAUAUCGGGAAUUACCAAUCUUACCGCUUCUGGUACUAUUACAGCCAAUUCACUUGCUGGCUUCUUAACGUACGGCAAUCAAACAGCUAUUACAACAGUAGGACCUUUAACAGAGUUUGGUAUCAAUACCACGGCAACAACGGAAUAUUUUGCGAUUAAAGGAAGUGGAUCAGCAUACCUCGAUGGAACAUACACUCGAAUGUGUCGUUUUCUGGGCUCUAACGCAACUCCAGUUGAAUUUCAAAUAGAGGUCAAUAACGGAUCCUACGAUGACAUUAAAGAGUUCUGGACUCCUGGGGAUAGGAACAACAACUCCCCUUGCCGGCAUUCACUGCACGAACCAAUCUACUUUCACUUGGGGAGCCGGCGGCUUCACUGUAUAUCGCCUCCGGACGGACUCUGGUGUGACUGA